AUGUUCAACCGAUUCAAAGACAAGCUUCGCCGCAGGCACAAGAAGAAUGGACAAGAGUCCACACCAUCGAAGCCAGAGCAAACAAACAACGUAAAAGUUCCACCCGUGGCAGCUCCUUCCGCACAGCCAGCUGCUGCCGCCAAGCUGCCACCGGUGGAGGGAACCCCGUGGGCUGAGCCAUCGGCCGACGAAAACCCAGCCAAGAAGCCAGAGGCUCCAAAGGAUUUGUGGGUGGAAGCCCUCACCUCCCUCUCUAAAUCCAAACAGGAAACGCUCAAGAAUAUGGGAUUCAACCAGUCCAGUGUACAAUCUGGAACCGUCGAGUCUAGCAUUGACGACCUGGUCGACGUGGUCAACCAGAGGCAGGAAGAGUGCGAGAAGAAAUUCUGGAAAGUCACAGUCGGCGAUGAAGAAAUUGUGCUAAGGAAUUAUACAAACAAGAUUGUGAACUGGCUAGAAAAGACUGGAGAUAUUGCUGUUCAAUUUGCUCCACCUCAAGCAGCUAUCCCCUGGGCUAUCAUCAAAUCUGUCAUGCAGAUUCCAGUCAUCGAAGGCGAGCAAAUGGCUGCUUUGCUUGCCACCACGGAAAAGAUCGUCCGCGUGAUCAGUCGUGGCCAAGUUUAUGAGUCGGUGUACCUCAGGAACAAACCCGUCACAGAUAGCCUCUCAAAGAACCUCCAAUCUGCAUUGACCACGAUCUAUACUACGUCGUUGGAUCUACUUGCUGAAUCGGGAAGUCUGUUCUCCGAAAACACAGCCAUGCGCACGCUUCAAGCACUCCUCAAUCCGGACAAGGUCUCUGGCAGUAUCUCGGCUAUAAGUGAACAAGAGGAUGAUCUUCUGCGCGAUGUCUCAGCGUGUGAAGUGCGACGCAGUGCGAACGCAGAUAACAGCAUGAUUGAAAUGCUGAAUGCUUUCAAUGCCCCGAUGAAGCGGGUAGAUGAGAACAUUCAACACCUCCUUCAAAAUAUGGACGAAGAAAGGCGGAUCGAGAUGCUGGAAUGGAUCUCGCCCAUUCCGUUUGGCAAAAAUCAUAAUAACGUCAAAGAGAAGAGGACGCCCGGCACGGGUGAGUGGUUACUACAACACGAAGACUUUACCAACUGGGAGCAAACCGACUCGUCUAUCUUCUGGCUCCAGGGCUCUCCUGGUACCGGAAAGACCUUUCUUACAUCAACUGUCAUCGACCGAAUUCAGGACCAACUGAGUGACACACCUAAGAAUGAAGGCUUCGCAUUUUUCUACUGCGAUAAGAACGAACCACGACGUGCACAGCCGCUAUCGAUCCUUCAAAGUAUUGUCCGUCAGCUCUCAACUACUGCGAAGCAUCCUGAAUCUACACAGACGAAGCUUUGUGAAUUAUACAACAAAUGUCGUAGUGCCGGGUCAGCCUUCAGCCUGGAGCAGUGCAAGGAGCAAAUCCAGGUCUCGCUGGAUAUUUUUGAGAACACCACGAUCGUGAUUGAUGCCAUGGACGAAUGCAAUCCAGAUUCCCGCGACGAGCUCACUGACGCCCUGAAUUCAUUCGUCUCUCAAUCUAACAAACGGCAAGUAAAAAUUUUCAUUUCAAGCCGACCCGACCCCGACCUUAAGGUCCAAUUGAAAAACGCCCCAAAUGUCGGCAUCAACGCAAGUGACAACAAAGGCGACAUUCAAAAAUAUCUCAAUGUUGAGUUAGAUAAGCUUGCUAAGAAGAAUCCUUUCAUCGGACGCUUGAAAUCGAAGAUUCUCGAUACCCUACUUGGGCGCUGUCAAGGAAUGUUUCAAUGGGCAGCUCUGCAAGCACACCAAAUCCAGAAGUGCAAGACUGAGUCUAGUGUAUGGAAACGGCUUGAAAACCUCCCGGAUGGUAUCCAAAAGGCAUAUGACGAGGCAUGGAGUCAAAUUGAAGAGCUGGAGGAACCUGAUAAAAUCCUGGCAAACCGUGCUAUGCUGUGGACUAUGGCUGCUGAACGACCGCUGUCCACAUCCCAGAUUAUCUGCGCUGUUCGCGUGAACACGAAGGGGGAGCUAUCUACACUGGCCGAUGAAAUUGAUGAGCAAGGCUUGCUGUCACUCUGUAACAACCUUCUCACAAUUGACUCUCAGCAAAAGGUGUGGCGGUUUGCACAUCUAUCGGUUCGCGAAUACCUUGAAACCAAGUUGCAAUGGACCCUUCCACGAGCCAAUUUCCACGCUGCUAGUGCCUGUCUCUCAUGGUUCAUCACCAUGUACGAUAAAGACGACAGCGAUGAAAUUAAUCUGUCAGAUUGGAAGGGACAACCAAAGCCAGCUGACGUCCUUCAUCUCAUGCAUCCAUUCCAUCUACAUAUGAGACAUCACUGGGCAAAGUAUGUUCAGGAGGCAGAGGAUGAUGAAGAGGCUACAUUGUCCUCCCUUUUGAAAAUCUUCCUUGGAUCCCCCGAGGAAAGCAGCAAGCAAUACCAGAAAUGGUAUGAAGUCAUGGCGAACGAUUUGGAAAACAUUGUUUCAGUCACUGAUCUUCAAGGCACGGAUGUAUACAACUUUUACCUUGCGGCGGGUGGAUUUGAUGAAGCAGAAUUCGACACAUGCGACUUCAACCAGGCACAACAUCCGGAGUAUGGCGAGUUUGAAAGCGAGUUAGGGCCAUCAGAUGCUGCUAUUUAUGCGAUGUGUCAUCUUUCGCUUGCUGCGAUACUAUCGGACUGGUGGCAGAACGCAGAAUUAAAUGUUUCGCGCGUAAAUGAAAGAGGCCAUAAUCUCCUCACGCUUGCCGCUCGAGUUGGUUGUACACCAAUUUGCAAAACACUCGUCGAAAAAGGUGCAAAUUUGAACCAGCAGAUUGAGGGCCGAGAUUACGGUAGUGCCCUUCACGCAGCAGCUCACCGGGGCCACACUGAAACGGUGAGAUAUCUGCUUGAAGCAGGUGCAGACGUGAACAUGACCGUGGAAAACGGCAAACAUGGAUCCGCUCUCAUCGCAGCGCUUGCCUCCGAGAAAGUCGAUACGGCUAAAUUCCUGAUCCAAAAGGCGGGUGCGGAUGUCAACAAGACCCACACCCUCGAAGAGGAGGAAGAGGACGAAGAUCUAGAGCCGGUCGUGGUUCUGACUCCAAUUGCACUAGCAGCCAAAAUUAAGGGCACGGAACUUCUCAAGAUCCUGGUGGAUGCUGGAGCCGACGUGAAUGUGUCAGAACAGUCUGGAAAUGCCUUUUCUGUAGCGAUCAGAUUCCACAAUUUUGAGGGUGCUAAGUACCUGAUUCAAAAGGCAAAAACAGAGGUAAACUUGCCCAUCCUGGAGGCUAGCUUCUGCACUCUCCUAGAACGGGCAUCAACCGACAGCAGAAAUCUGGAAAUUGUCAAAUGUUUAGUUGAAGCAGGAGCCAAGGUGAAUCCAUCAGAAUGCGGAGAGCAUGGGACGCCUCUCGCAGCAGCAGCAUAUGGAACCAACAACGCAAAUAAGGCAAGCUCAAUUGAGACUGUGAAGUAUCUUGUCAAGGCAGGGGCAGAUAUUCAUAAAGGGGAUGGGAAGAAAAGCCCUGUCUCUCUGGCAGUACUCGGCCAGGAUAUCGAGGUUCUCAAAUACCUGGUUGAUGUAGGCGCAGAGUUGAAUGUGGCAGAGGAAUUCGAGCAAUCAAUCAGAUCCGGAUUUCUCGAGGGUGUCAAGUACCUGAUCCAGAAAGGUGCCGACGUCAACCAGCCAUUUACCGAGGGAGACCAUGGAGCUGUCCUCGAAUAUGCAGCAGCACGGGACAGAACUCUUGACAUCACCAAAGAACUGGUGGGAGCAGGAGCAGAUGUAAAUUUGCUAUCACAGAACGGAGUCUAUGGUAGUCCUCUCGCAGCAGCUGUUGCAUCAUACCUAGGUGGUGAUAUCGACGCAGCCAAGUACCUGAUCCAGAGUGGUGCUGAUGUCAACUUGUCAUUGCCACAUGGAAAAUAUGGCAAUGCUCUUACAGCAGCAAUAGCACAUGGCUGUGACGUCGAGGUUGUCGAGUAUCUCAUUGAGGCAGGAGCAGAUGUGAAUGCGUCAUCACAGUACGGGGACUAUGACAGUGCUCUUGCAGCAGCCGUGGUAUCCAGGGACAGCACCGAUGUUGUUAAGAUCCUGGUGCGUGCGGGAGCAAAUGUGAACUUACCACUCAAGCGUGGAGAUUGUGGUAGUGCUCUCGCUGUUGCCGCGAACAAGGGAGAUCUGGAGGUCGUUGAGUUCCUGGUCGAAGCAGGGGCCGAUGUCAAUAUGCCACUCGAAAAUGGAGAUUACCGUAAUGCGCUUGCAGCUGCGAAGGUGCAAGAGGAGAACGAAGAAGUGAUAAAACUUCUUGAACGUGGGGAAACAAUUUGA